AUGGAUGGACGCCGCUACAAUGUAAUGACAACAAAUAUUUCGGAGUCAAUAAACUCAGUCCUUAGGUUUGCAAGGAUGCUACUAGUGGUUCAUUUGAUAGGGGAAAUUAUUAAUCUCCUUGUCAAAUGGUUCACCGAACAUCGUGAGUUGGCUUUGAAAUGCACAAAAAUAUUGUGCCCCAAUUUUGGCAAGAAAAGAUUAAGGAAUAGGUUGGAUGAUGCUGCAAGGAUGAAUGUCGUUAAACUAAAUAAUGUACAAUAUAAUGUUGUGUACGGUGAUAUGGACGGCCUCCUACAUUUGGCGAACAACAAUUGUAGUUGUAGGAAGUUUCAGCUUGAGCAGCUACCUUGCAAGCAUAUAGUUGCAGUUUCUCACUUCUUGAAACUAAAUGUAUACUCCAAGACUUAUGGGUAUUACACUCGAAAAACCUGGUUGGAUGCUUAUACAGAUACCAUCUACCCGGUAUAG